ACUGAGUGUUUUAAGAGCUCUGUUCUGAGAAGUCAUCCCGUGCCACCCAAGAGAACAGUGUCUAUGCCACCAACAGCAGAAUAUGUCGCUUACUGUAAAUGGACUGACCUGAUGAUGCCAACCAGAAGAAGAAGUGGGGUGGGGGCCAGGCGCGUACUAGAUCGUCAAUCCCUGCCUCGCUAAAGUCAGUCUGCCGAAGUCACUGCAGCUGUCGGGAAGAAUGUCUCUAUCUGAUGAGUAUUGUGAGGAAAAAGCGGGCAACAGGGAUGGGGGAGCCUUGGCCCAACAGAGGAAGCUGAUCUUGGGCUUGAUGGUUUGGUGCACCCUGCUGACUCUCGGCCUCGCCACAUCCAUAAUCUACUUCCAGUUCAUUCCUAGAGCAUCACAAGAUCCUGCUAAGAAUGAGGACAACAAUCCACAUAAGUCCCUACAGAACUUCACCUCACCCGUUGGCAACAAAAAAGACACAGAAGAUAAACUAAUAGCAUUUCAACCAAAAUGGGACAAUAGAUACUGGGUGGAGACACUCCGCUGGGGCAAUGGAAUUAUUAAAUCUCAAAGUUUCAUCUCUGGAGAUUUACAGCUGACGGUUCAAAAGGAUGGCCAAUAUUUCCUCUACCUACAGGUCACCCUUGACAGCGGGGAUACAGGACAGAAAUAUGAAGUAACUGUGAUCGGUCACAAAGUGAGCGGUCACAAAGACUCGAUUCAACUUUUAUCGAGUCAUAUCAGUAACACAAACCUCUCGACUGGUUUCAUGGGUAAAGGAAUCCCCUUGAAUAAAGGGGCUUUUAUAACUGUAACUUGCAAGCCUAAAGCCUAUAUCAAAAAUGAUGAGAAACACACUUACCUGGGUGUAAUCAAGAUUGGAUAAUCCUGAAUCAGCCCUGUAUCAUGAAAUCGACGGAUGACAAUAUGAAUGUGGACAGUAUGCUGGGAAGCACUUAAAUGCACACUGGAUGGAGUAUAGACGACAUAUUCGUUUUAAGAGAUGUAUUUUUCCCUAAAGAGGCUGUCUGCCUUCAUUGCACUAUAUUUAAGCUUUUUCCCCACUCAGUGGACACUUUGUAUUGCUAUGUAUUUCUACAUGGACACAAUGAAGCAGGAUUUACGAUCCUAACGGAGGAUUGGGAACCUGUGUUUGAUCACUAUGUGAAUAUUUAUUAUUCAAUUGCACACAAGGGAGAACGAAGAGGCUUUCAAACGUAUCAGGUUAUCUCCCUUUAAAAAAGUAAAAUAAAAUGAAGCUUUGGCCAACUAAGAUGUCACUGCUCAGCUGGCAUAUCAACAUGAAUCACUGAAAUUACAGUAUGUAUAUAUAGUCGUAUAGACGUAUUAGUGUGUUAUAUUGCGAGUUUUGUUGUUUGUAUUUAUUUAUGCCAUUUAUUAAACAGUGCCAAGAAACAGAUUUGGACACUUUCGUCUGUGAAUGUCAUUACAUUAUGGUAGAAAAUAGAAAGUUAAGUGACUGGGGUUUCGAGUCUGUUUUCAUGACGGUAGCGUGGUUUACUGUAAAACUUCAUUGUGGUUUGGGGUUAGGGUUUAAUGUAUGUUUCUGUAAGAUC